AUGGCGCAUUCAUUUACUACGAAAUCUGCAACACUUUUAAAGAACUUUCCUAAUCUUACUAACUUAUGCGUCGUAAAUCAUGAUCAAACUUACGUCAAUACAAUUAUAAAUUUCCCGAAAUUGAAGAGUUUAACUAUGGGCGUAAUGUCAGAAAAGUUCAACUUUGCUGGUUAUUUCAUUAACUCACCUAAUCUCUCACAAUUGAAGAUAUAUUAUGAUAUUUGUCACAAUAACAAAGAGAAUGAUAGUAAAGUUGAUAAUUUUGAGGAUUUCGGAAGACUACAAUUAGAAACUUUAGUAAAGAGAUUUCUAAAGGAUCAUCCUAUAAAGAUAUAUGUCACUUUGGUUGGUGUUAUCGACCAUAGGGAGGAUAUAACCUCUUUAUAUACCGACUAUGCCACUUGCGUCGAUUUGGACCGCGAUUUACCCUCAAAAGUUGAGCAAUUGGUUUACGCAAACUACGAGAUAGAAUCUAAACAAGUGAAAGUGGUUAUUUAA